AAAAACUUUCUUUCUCGUGAAGACAAAAACAGAUUCCCAUUUUUCAAAAUUUCCCGGGAAAAAAAAUGAGAGAGAUCCUUCACAUACAAGGCGGACAAUGCGGCAACCAAAUCGGAGCCAAGUUCUGGGAGGUGAUCUGCAACGAGCACGGGAUCGAUCCUUCUGGAAAAUACGACGGCGACUCCGAUCUUCAGCUGGAGCGGAUCAACGUCUAUUACAACGAAGCAAGCGGUGGAAGGUAUGUACCACGCGCUGUUCUGAUGGAUCUUGAGCCUGGAACCAUGGACUCCAUCAGAUCUGGUCCUUUCGGACAGAUUUUCCGACCGGAUAACUUUGUAUUUGGACAGUCUGGCGCUGGUAAUAACUGGGCCAAGGGUCAUUACACGGAGGGAGCUGAACUGAUUGAUUCAGUUCUUGAUGUUGUUAGAAAGGAAGCUGAGAAUUGUGAUUGUUUACAAGGGUUUCAAGUUUGCCACUCGUUAGGUGGAGGAACUGGUUCUGGAAUGGGAACGCUUCUCAUCUCCAAGAUCAGAGAAGAGUAUCCAGAUCGUAUGAUGCUCACCUUUUCGGUUUUCCCAUCUCCUAAAGUCUCUGACACGGUCGUUGAACCAUACAACGCUACACUCUCUGUUCACCAGCUUGUUGAGAACGCUGAUGAAUGCAUGGUUUUGGACAAUGAAGCUCUUUACGACAUCUGUUUCCGCACCCUAAAACUUGCCACUCCAACUUUUGGAGAUUUAAACCACCUUAUCUCUGCAACCAUGAGCGGUGUAACAUGCUGUCUCCGUUUCCCUGGUCAACUCAAUUCCGACCUCCGCAAGCUCGCGGUCAACCUAAUCCCCUUCCCGCGUCUCCACUUCUUCAUGGUCGGUUUCGCACCUCUCACAUCCCGCGGCUCCCAGCAAUACCGCGCCUUAUCAGUCCCCGAACUGACCCAACAAAUGUGGGACGCCAAGAACAUGAUGUGUGCUGCUGACCCAAGACACGGACGCUACUUAACCGCGUCAGCUAUGUUCCGUGGCAAGAUGAGUACUAAAGAAGUGGACGAACAGAUGAUCAACGUCCAAAACAAAAACUCUUCUUACUUUGUCGAAUGGAUCCCCAACAAUGUCAAGUCUAGCGUUUGUGACAUUCCUCCUAAGGGUCUCUCGAUGGCGUCGACUUUUGUUGGUAACUCGACUUCGAUACAAGAGAUGUUUAGGAGGGUGAGCGAGCAGUUCACGGCGAUGUUUAGGAGGAAAGCUUUCUUGCAUUGGUAUACAGGAGAAGGGAUGGAUGAGAUGGAGUUUACUGAAGCAGAGAGUAAUAUGAAUGACCUUGUGGCUGAGUAUCAGCAGUAUCAGGAUGCUACAGCUGAUGACGAGGAGUAUGAAGAGGAAGAGGAAGAUGAAGAGCUCGAGGCUUGAGAUUUUUAGAUUGUUAAGUGAGUUUGUAUUUUUCUUAUUUGCUGGCUUUGAUUGCUGUCUGUUGUUUUGGGUGUAAAUCGUAAUGAAAAUUAGUUUGUGGGUGAAUGUGUAAAACAGAAGAUGAGGUUUUACCGUUUUUGGUCCUAAUCUUUCUUGUUUUGGUUUAUAUGUAUGGUUAAGGUUUGGUUUGUAUUAAGCUCUGUUUUUGAAGUGAUUUUGGUUCAUUUGAUAUCUCUAUAAUAUUAUUUGAGAA